CGCCAGUCUACACAGCGGGUGGGAGUGAUCUACGGGGCAGUAGCCGCAGAGCACUGCACCACAUAAGACUAGGGCGGCUCCCAGAGAGAGAGAGGGUCGGCUUACUGCAGGGGAGAGGCGGCAGAGAGAGACGGUUCGACCGCAGCCCCGGAUAGUUUUGGAUCGACGUCCGACCACGAUAACUGGAAGCCAUGUCAGCCACGGUGAAGGGCAGCAGAGCCGGGUACAGGGGCAUCGUGAAGGACACACAGAAUUUUGUCGCCAAUCAGGAUGCAGAGGUUCUCUACAAUGCAAUGAAAGGAAUUGGCAGUGAUAAGGAGACCAUCAUUGACCUGCUGACCUCCCGGUCCAACAAACAGCGGCAGCAGGUCUACGUGAGCUACAAGACUCUCUUUGGACGGGAUUUGAUCGAUGACCUCAAGUACGAGCUGACGGGGAAGUUCGAGAGGCUGAUCAUUGGGCUAAUGAAACCCCCGGCUGUUUACGACGCUAAAGAACUGAAGGACGCCAUUGAGGGUUUGGGAACAGAUGAGAACUGUGUGAUUGAGAUCCUUGCGUCCAGGAGCAAUAAGCAGAUCCACGAGCUGACGGAGGCCUACAAGGAAGUGGUAGGGGAAUCAGAUCUGGAGGCGGACGUUGUUGGUGACACCUCCGGCCACUUCAAGAAGAUGCUGGUGGUCCUACUGCAGGGAACGAGAGAAGAGGAUGACGUUGUGAGUGACGAUCUCGUGGCUCAGGAUGCAAAGGAGCUGUACGAAGCAGGAGAGCUUCAGUGGGGCACUGAGGAGAGCGCGUUCAUCUCUAUCUUGGGCAAUCGGAGCCACUGUCACCUCCAGCUGGUCUUCGAGGAGUAUCGGAAUAUUUCCGGGAGCGAGAUUGAAGAGAGCCUGAGAGACGAGCUGUCGGGAGACUUUCAGAAGCUAAUGCUGGCAGUGGUCAGAUGUGCCAGGAACAUUCCGGAAUACUUGGCUUCUCGACUCUUCAAGGCAAUGAAGGGUGUGGGCACCCGGGACAACACUCUGAUCCGGAUCAUGGUGUCCCGCUCCGAGGUGGACAUGCUGGACAUCCGUGAGGAGUUCCGUAAGAAGUACGAGAAGUCCCUGCACAGUAUGAUCCGGAGUGACACGUCCGGCGUCUACAAGCGAGCGCUGCUCCGACUGUGCGGCGGAGACGAUGACGUUGCGGGUGAAUUUUUCCCUGAAGCCGCUCAGGUUGCCUAUCAGAUCUGGGAGCUCAGUGCCACCGCCAGGGUUGAGCUCAGAGGGACGGUGAGACCAGCCGCGGACUUCAACGUAGAGGCCGACACAAAGGCUCUUCGCAAAGCGAUGAAAGGACUAGGUACCGAUGAGGAGACCCUCAUCAAUAUCAUUCCAUACCGGAGCAACGCACAGAGGCAGCAGCUGAGGAAGCAGUUCAAAUCCCAGCUGGGACGGGAUCUGAUGGCGGAUUUGAAGUCGGAGGUGGGAGGGAAUCUCCAGCGUGUACUAUUGGGUCUGAUGAUGACCCCCGCCCAUUACGAUGCCAAGCAGCUCCAAAAAGCCAUGAAGGGUGCUGGCACUGAUGAGAGGGUGUUGAUUGAAAUUCUCACCACAAGGACAAACCAGGAGAUAAAGGACAUCAAGGAGGCAUACCAAGAGGUUUAUCACACGAGCUUAGAGGAUGACUUGGGUUCUGAUACGUCUGGUCACUUCAAGAGGCUCCUCAUUUGCUUGGUUCAGGGCAAUCGAGAGGAACAGGACGCAGAUCUGGCCCGUGCUAUGGAAGACGCAAAGGAAUUGUGCACCUCGAGUGAUGAGGAAUCGUGUUCCAUGGAGUCCAAGUUCAUCAGCAUCCUCUGCACCAGAAGCUACCCGCAUCUCAGGAGGGUGUUUCAGGACUACAUUAAGCUGACCAACAAGGACAUUGAACAAGUUAUCAAGAACGAGAUGUCAGGAGACCUUCUGUUCGGACUGAUUGCCAUAGUGCGUUCUAUCAAGAACAAAGCAUCUUUCUUUGCAGAACGCUUGUACAAGUCAAUGAAGGGAGCUGGGACAGAUGACCGGACACUGACCAGGAUCCUGCUGUCCAGGAGCGAGAUAGAUCUGAUGAAUGUCAGGCACGAGUUCAAGGAGAUGUACGAGGCCUCUCUCUACUCCUUCAUCGAGAGCGAUGCCUCGGAUGAAUACGGCCGGGUGCUGCUGAUCAUGUGCGGCGGUGAAGACUAGGAGGGUUGUCCUCCUCACACUGUGGCAUCCCCUCCUUGAUCACCAGAGAGGUCCCAGAGGUCAAGGGGCUGUUACAUUGGAGCAGAGCCAGCUCUCAGCCGGGGAAGAGAGACCAUUGCCCAUCUCCGUCCCUCCCCACCCCACCCCAGACCAACAAUAUGGCAGAGACCAAGGCUCCAUCGUGGUGGACUCGUUUCCCAUGCUCCAUGUCCUGGGAUCUCAACAUCUCCUUAGGAGGUCCAUGUCCACCCAGGAUCCUGGUGCCCAUGGACUUCUCCAGCCCUGGUCCCGGAGCAUCACGGCCUUGAUGGUUCCACCAGAACCCUGACCUGGUUGGUUGGUGGUCUUCAAAUCUUGACCAUUGACCAACGCUCCUCAAUGGCUGGUUGACCUUCUCCUCCUCCUUGUCCUGUCGUCCAAAGUCCCACCCAUGCACGGUCCCAUCUCCUCCUACUGGGAGUCCACCAAGACCCAGGUCUCAUCCUCUGGUUGGGAAUCCCGUGUACCUUCCUCUCCCACUUUCCCAAAUACGUGUGGUCCACCCCGUGGUCUUCCAGUCUCUCCCGUCCCAAAACCCCCGCCACGGUAGAGGAGAACAGCGGAGAUCUAAGGUCACAUGACUGGGGAAUGCAACCAACAAGACCACCCCCCAAUCCUUCAUCUACCAUCGAUGGACCCUUGGACCUCUCGUUACCUCGACGGACGGAGGUAGACGUUGGAGGUGCCACCUCGGCCCAAUGCUCCUCAUGCCAGCUGGUCUCUCCACCGCUCUCUCCUGCACGGAUCUGCGCUCCCUUCAAUGCUCCAUUGCCUUCCAUUCAGCUUGUCCUAUUUUAUAAAAAGAAAAGAUUCAAAUAAACCCCACGAACCACC